AUGGGGGUAGCUGGCGCUGAACCUAGAGUGAUGGGCUGGCAGGUGGGGCCGUUGUCGGAUCGCCUUGACGUGGUGCCGGGCUGUUCUCGGCCAUUUGACCUGGCUACCCCGGGCCAGCGCCUAGCAGGUCAGACCACCGACUCCGCGGGUCCCCAAGGGCCCCGCCGUGAGCCGAAGGCAAUGGACGAACAGAGGUGUUUUAUUUGUAUGGAGAAAUUGCGGGAUGCACGCCUGUGUCCUCAUUGUUCCAAGCUUUGUUGUUUCAGCUGUAUUCGGUGCUGGCUGACAGAGCAGAGAGCUCAGUGUCCUCACUGCCAUGCUCCGCUCCAGCUAUGAGAACUAGUAAACUGUCGUUGGGCAGAAGAAGUAACACAGCAGCUUGAUACUCUUCAACUCUGCAGUCUCACCAAACAUGAAGAAAAUGAAAAGGACAGAUGUGAAAAUCACCAUGAAAAACUCAGUGUAUUUUGCUGGACUUGUAAGAAGUGUAUCUGCCAUCAGUGUGCACUUUGGGGAGGAAUGCAUGGUGGACAUACCUUUAAACCUUUGGCAGAAAUUUAUGAGCAGCAUGUCACUAAAGUGAACGAAGAGGUAGCCAAACUUCGUCGGCGUCUCAUGGAACUGAUCAGCUUAGUUCAAGAAGUGGAAAGAAAUGUAGAAGCUGUAAGAAAUGCAAAAGAUGAGCGUGUUCGGGAAAUUAGGAAUGCGGUGGAGAUGAUGAUUGCACGGUUAGACACGCAGCUGAAGAAUAAGCUUAUAACAUUGAUGGGUCAGAAGACAUCUCUAACCCAAGAAACAGAGCUGUUGGAAUCCUUACAGGAGGUGGAGCACCAGUUGUGGUCUUGUAGUAAGAGUGAGUUGAUAUCUAUGAGCUCAGAAAUCCUCAUGAUGUCACAAGUUCAUCGAAAGCCGAUGGCAUCCUUUGUUACCACUCCUGUUCCACCAGACUUUACCAGUGAAUUAGUACCAUCUUACGAUUCAGCUACGUUUGUUUUAGAGAAUUUCAGCACUUUGCACCAGAGAGCAGAUCCUGUUUACAGUCCACCUCUUCAAGUUUCAGGCCUUUGCUGGAGGUUAAAAGUUUACCCAGAUGGAAAUGGAGUUGUUCGUGGUUACUAUUUAUCUGUGUUUUUGGAACUCUAAGCUGGCUUGCCUGAAACUUCCAAAUAUGAAUAUCGUGUAGAGAUGGUUCACCAAUCCUGCAAUGAUCCUACCAAAAAUAUCAUUCGAGAAUUUGCAUCUGAUUUUGAAGUUGGAGAAUGCUGGGGCUAUAAUAGAUUUUUCCGUUUGGACUUACUUGCUAAUGAAGGAUACUUGAAUCGACAAAAUGAUACAGUUAUUUUAAGGUUUCAGGUACGUUCACCAACUUUCUUUCAAAAAUGCUGGGACCAGCACUGGUAUAUUACCCAGUUGGAAGCUACACAGACUAGUUAUAUCCAACAAAUAAACAACCUUAAAGAGAGGCUUGCCAUUGAGCUGUCUCGAUCUCAGAAAUCAAGAGAUUUGUCACCACCAGCUAAUCAUCUCAGCCCCCAGAAUGACGAUGCUCCUGAGACACGAGCUAAGAAGUCUGGGUCAUGCUCGGACAUGCUUCUUGAGAGUGGUCCUACUAUACUUUCUGUAAGAGAGGCCAAAGAGGAUGAAGAAGAUGAGGAGAAGAUUCAGAAUGAAGAUUAUCAUCAUGAGCUUUCAGAUGGAGAUCUGGAUCUGGAUUUUGUUGGUGAAGAUGAAGUAAAUCACCUCGGUGGCAGCAGUUCCUCUGCUAGUUCCACAGCAACAAGUAAUACAGAAGAGAAUGACAUUGAUGAAGAAACUAUGUCUGGAGAAAAUGAUGUGGAAUAUAACAACGUGGAAUUGGAGGAGGGAGAACUGAUGGAAGAUGCAGCUGCUGCGGGACCUCCAGGUAGUAGCCAUGGCUAUGUGGGCGCCAGUAGCAAAAUGUCAAGAAGAGCACAUUUAUGCUCUGCCGCUACCAGUAGUCUACGAGACAUUGAUCCCUUA